UUGUUAUUUAAGAUAUCGAACAAAAGGCGACACAGUUUCAAGGCAGCCUUGGAUGGAGGUUGUGAAACUCUAUAUUGCACUGCCAGUAGUCUCAGCUGUCCUCACUGUUCGACAAAAGCGUGUAAAAACUUCACUGUUGCUGAAGAAUGCAUUCCUAUCAGCCAAACAGAGAAGUACCAUGGCGAGCAGUGCGUCUGUUGUCCACCUCCCGUAUUUAUGCCAUUAGUUACCAUUAUCGAACUAGCAUUCUUCCUGUACUAUUCACUUCCUGUCGGUGACAUCGGCCCCAACGGACCGGUUCCUGUCGACUCAAUAUUUAUCUACCGUCCAGACAAACGGCUUCAAAUCUGGAGAUUCAUACUGUACAUGGUGCUUCACGCAGGAUGGCUUCAUUUGCUGUUUAAUCUUACUGUGCAGCUGGUCGUUGGACUUCCGCUCGAAAUGGUACACGGGAGUGCCAGAAUUGCGAUCAUAUACAUGGCUGGUGUUUUAGCAGGAUCUCUCGGCACAAGCGUUUUCGAUGCAGAGGUAUAUUUAGUAGGCGCUUCUGGGGGCGUGUACGCCCUGUUAGCUGCACACGUGGCGAAUGUAUUUUUGAACUACUCGCAUAUAGAAUGUGGAAUUUUUCGGAUAUUCGCCAUCAUACUUAUUGCCAGUGCAGAUGUUGGCUUUGCAAUCUGGGAUCGAUAUGCCGCCCUAUCAGCAGAAGAAGAACAGCCGGUGUCGUACGUUGCCCAUUUGGCUGGAGCUGCCGCUGGUUUGACCAUUGGUUUAUUGGUACUGAAAAACUUUGAGCAGAGGCUGAACGAACAGCUGCUCUGGUGGAUCGCCUUAUCUAUAUACGGUGCCUGCAUGACGACUGCCAUCAUAUGGAACAUUUUUUUCUACUAG